CUGGUGGCCACGUGAUACGUCUUCCGUCACUAAGGACGCAAUCCAACCAGGUGUGAAUCGAUCGAAUUAAAAAAAGGUAAACACUUCAUUCAAAAUGGCCAGCCGCCUGACACACGCGACGCCCCUUACACCCGUCCAGGAAAAGACCUCCCGUCUUACCACCCCACACCUGGCUAAACCCCCUGCCAAAAACACCGGGUCCUCCCGUCCGGCAAGCACCCCACCGGAGGACAAGCAUCUAAAACACCCUUGGCUGAAACGCAAGGCUCUGAGCGAGGAAUAUGAAAACCCCGUCACGGAAAGAGAAGGGUGGUGGCGUACUUAUAUCAGGGAGACCCCUCUUCCUGGGACCUAUGAAGGCGGCACUUUUCUAGAGGAUCUACAAAAGAAACAAAACACGUACAGAUUCAAAUCAGACGGCAGGAAAAUAGACCCCCACCCACACGGAAAGGGCGCGGUGUUGAUGCCGGGAGCUUACGAAUUCAAUCACUUUUUAGAGAGGUUAGAACAAGCACCUGCUACCUACAAUUUCAAGGCCACGGACAGGAGUAAACAAAACUUCCUUGUUAUUGGGCACAGAGACAAAGAUAUUAACGUAAGCCCGGGCCAAUAUGACAUGGAAAAAUUCCUCUCCUUGACAACUGAUAAACAGUCCUCAAAACACUAUAUGUUCCGGUCACAACAUAAGCGCUUCCCUACCUUACCGUUCAAGCCGAAGGAGGGCCCUGGACCAGGGAAUUAUGAACACGUCCACCAGAGGUCCAACACGGCUGUAUCAUCCAGCUUCAAAUCUAGGACUCCACGAUUUUCUAGUUCACAUACGAGAGUACCAGGGCCUGGGAUGUACGAGAAAACAUUUCAACAUCCGAUCCCCAGCACUGUUUCUACAAUGGGCAGACAGCAUGGCCUCUUCUUCACCAGUGCCUAUCAAUCAUAAUUCAAACCUUCUUUACGGGGUCAUGUGCCCUUCUUACCAAGACAGACUCAACUCUCAACUAUGUCAAAAUCAGAUCAGAUGGAUCCUUCAUACAACUGCAUUCUGGUUUAGUUCAAUAUUUCAUCCGAAACUUUGGCAUUAAUUUUUCUUUUUUUCGUUGCUUUACCAACAGUAUUCGGUGAAAACAUGCAAUAGCAAUGAUGUUGUGCUGUGGAAUUGAAGUUGUGCUUUGCUUGAUAGCAAAAAUCAAACCAAAUGGCUUGCUCAAGAGUGAUUUUAUUGAACAUACAAUAUACACUGAAAGUGUCAUUCAGCAUUUAAAAAAUACUGGAUAUUUCCAUCAUUUUUUUUAUUCAAAAGAUGGGUUUUAGUUGCUAUGUUGAGUGUUUAAGUUGCCCGUCUGUGAUAAUCGUUACUCCCCCUAAUCUAGUCGCUUUGUGGGCCCAGGGUAAACUUAUUCCUCCCCACAUCACGUACACAUAUUUAUUGUUGCCAGGUUAUUAUAAACAAUCAGUAUUAAAGUGUGCUUGCUGUGUUAGGAGAGGAUAGGUUCUUAGUUAUACUGUUGUUUAGCAAUAACUAUCUCAGUAUUUUACAUUGAUAGCACCAAGAGUAUUGUAUAAUUCUAAUGUUGAAACAUGUUAGAAUACCAUUUAUUUUUAUAUAUAUUCAUUGGUGGCAAUAUAGAACAUUAUCUUUAAAAAUAAUAUAAUGAAGAUAUAUUCAAUGUUACACACCCUAUUUUCUCUUGUGGUCAAUUUGCCAAUAUAAAUUCUACAUUGAUAUCAAAGGCAAAGACAAUGGAAAUGUACACCUGUAGAUAUUCAAUGUUACACACCUUGCUUUGAGUUAUGAUCAAUUUGUGAUGAUAAAAUAAAUGUAUUUACAUUUGUACUGCACAAAAAAUAUUAACAAUGUAUAUUUCACUUUUUAUUUCAGUUUUGUUUUGAUCUUGAAAAGAAUAAAAAUGUUAUACAUGUA